AUGCGAUUUGUGUCAGAAAUGCAACACAGUAACAGAACAUCUACUGAUCUAACGGCAUGCAUUUACGCCUUUUCUUUCAUUACUAGAAAGACGAUAAUGCAAGAGUUAGACAGGGAUACUAGCGAUCCAAUGAUCGAGAAAAAGUCCAGUACAUCAAGCGUGGCACCGAUCUUCAAAUGGAAAGUGCUGGCUAUUGUCUUUAUCUUGAUUAGUGUUGUGCUGCUUAUUACUUUGAUAGUAAUAGUCACAAAGCAGAGCAAAACCAAAGCAGAACCAAAUGAAAACAAAAGCCCAGAUUCCAUAAGAAAUGCCUCUGUACCUUCAUGCGCAGAUGGAAUGUCGAAUCCUUCAGAGCCACCCAAGUCUGCUGGUGUGUUUGAUGACCUUACAGUCUUUGAGAUCACAUCCGUUAGAGAUUAUCUUUUGAUGCAAACUGAACUGAACCUCACGAGAUAUGAAGAAGCCACUGUCAAUAGCAACUAUAUUUAUCUUGUAAAGUUGUUGCCUCCCUCUAAAAAUGAGGCUCUCGCAUAUCUGGACGGAGACGGUCCUAAGCCUAAAAGGAAAGCUAUCGCGAUCGUGUUUCAUGGUGCUACAUUCCCGCCUAUGGUAAGGGAAUAUAUCAUCUCUCCUGUCACUAAUCCCAAUAACCACAAAAUAAGAAACAUUCCUGGAAAGCUUAGAGAUUUCGUGCCCUUCAAUGCUCGUCCUUUUGACGGCUCUAUAGAGGGUAACGUUUUGAAUGAGGCAAUCAUAAACAAUGCGUCUCAAGCUCUCUUAAAGCUAAUGCGAGAGAGUUAUGAUGGCUACACCUACACCAAUUGCACUGAUAAGUGCCUUUCAUUUUCUUUCACUGCACCAAUGGGUUUUACUAGUAAAGAUCGAUACACGUGGAUUUUUUUCAUUCGCAAGGUUACAGGCGAAUACAGUCAUCCCCUAGACCUUCAGUUGUUAGUUGAUCACUCAGGUGCAGAUGUCAGAAAAUGGAAAGUCUUGAAAGUCAUUUACAACAAUCAAACGUUUGAUUCUGUUGAUGAGUUGGUGAACGAGUACAACAAAGGGACUAUACGCAAAAUCAAGAUACCUUCGCCUAUCGGGGAAGGCCCACUAUUUUCAAGCUAUGUACGCAGAGGAGACCCCCAACCAGUCAAGCCUAUGCGAGGCCCUGAGAUGUAUGAGCCUGACGGAAAGCGGUACACUGUCAACGGACGCCACGUUAACUACAUGUCUUGGUCCUUUGAUUUCAGGAUGGACUCUAACAGUGGCAUGCAAAUAUACAACAUAAAAUUCAACGGAGAAAGAAUCAUCUACGAACUCAGCCUCCAAGAAGCCGCGGCCACGUACGGUCUCUUUACCAAAUGGCUGUCACUAAAUAUAAAGAAAAUGACACGCACAGCAGCUCCACCUACAACAUGAACGCCCCUGCAGAUCCACAGGUUAGUGAGGGGAAGCGCGAGUCAGAGAUUGGAACGAGUUACCCAAUGACUUACGGGCUGAUGGCCUAACUUUAGGAUCUUUUAAAGGAAAGAGAUUUGAGUAUUUACAAGAACAAGACAAAACACAGCAUAAAUGUAGACUGUAGAUUAAUUAAUUAAUUUUAUUUCAUUUUGAACACCUUUUUUAAUUGUAAAUAUUAGUCUUUCCCCUUUUUUUACUAUGUACUAUUGUUUUUUUUUAAAUCUUGAAAUAUUUUAUUUUAUACCCGCUGUUUUUAUACUCAACUGAUCAAUUUUUCGCAGUAUAAAUAAAAAAUUUAUUAUCAUUAUUCAUGGCCCUUUUCCCCCUCCCCCACCCACGGUCUAUAGGAUAAAGAUCGAUCUUCAGUGUGAUUCAAUCCUCGCCAUCAUUGUUUAUACUUCUUACAUUACAUUACAAAAGUCUUAUAAAAUUGCAAGGUUUGAUAUAUAUAAGGGAGCGGUCAUUAACUAUUGGGGGGGGAGGGUCGGUAUUAUUUCAAAGGUUAGAGCCCAAAAAUGUUAGCCCCUCUCAGGUUAACAGCCCAAAAAUCUUGGCCCCCUUUAAAAUGUGAGCCCAAAAAAUUGUAACCCUCCCCUGUGAAAAACUUUUGAUUUUUUUACGAACGUUAUUUUGAGACAAUUAUUUCACUGGAAUAAGAAAAAAGUGUUACUAUUUUAAUACACUAUUUACAAAACCCAAUGGUUCACCAAGUAAAGGGAACCCGUACAUUAAACAGCCCCGUUGUUACUCAUUGAAUUCCUGUUUUGUAGUCAAUUUCAAGAGUGAACAAAUUGUGCGUAUUUAAUAACGGAUCAGCGAGAGCUGUCUCUAUUCAAGAGAAGUCCGCAGCUCUUGCUCGACCCCUCGACCUUGGCUGGAUCCCAAAUCCCCGGAAUGACAUGAGCAGAUUUUAUAACGAAGUGUACGAAUCAUUUUAUUUGGAACGGGUUGGCUAUUUUGGUGGAAACAAGAAGGCCUUUAAGAAAGCAUUCCAUGAAGAAGCGAGAAGGGAAUACGACAAUGAGAAGGCGGUAAAAAAAAUUAGAGAGCAAUUAGCGCAACUGAAAUCUGUAAAGGAUCCUUCUAAGGCUGGAUUUCUUCUAAGAGAAAACCACAUUCUCAAGCCGCAUGAUUCAACGACCAUAACGCAGAACAUGUUACACAUAAAGAGGGUCGAAACUUCAAUCGAAACUUUACAAAAAAACCUAAAGGAACACUUAGAAAGAACAAUCCAUUCAUCAGGUAGAGUUUUAACAGGACAUAAAACUGCACAUGACUUUGAUGAGCAAAAGCUAACCGAAUUGCAGGGUUUUAGAAAUGAAUUACACACUUUAAUAACUAGUCUAAGUCAGCUCCAAGAAACCUGCAAAGCAGCAUUUAAGCACCCCUUUUCUGCAAUGAAAAGAAAAUCAAGAAAAAGGAAACAAAAUAUCCAAAAGAGUGUGAAGCGGAAAAAGGCGAGGCAUGUGGCCAGGACGACUGAGGUCCUCAAGAAGAUUGCGCCUGAUUGGUCGGAGGGUAAGAUUUGUGAGAAGGAGGAUUUGUGCGGAGACAUCGUAAAAGAACUUGGAAAAAGAGAGCAGAAAUGGGCGGUAGCUUUGAUGUUUGAUCAGUGCGAACUUUUGAAUGACAGCGCGAAAUCAGAGCUUAGAACAAUGUUAGGGUUUUCUGAAAGUGAGAGUAGCUCUAAUGCAAGUGACGGCGAUGAAAGUAGCGACCAAGACAACCUAAGUAGCAUCAAUGACAGCAAAGACAGUGAAAGAAAUAGCGAUGACGGGGCCGAUGAUAGUGAUGUAACUGAACAAUGUCAGGAGGAGGAUUCGGGAAGUGUCUUUACUGCAGUGGAAGCAUACGACAGCAGCAGUGCAGAAGACAUUGGCCCCUACUGGAACACAAUGGAAUGCACUCCUUACUAUGAGCCCAUUGAGUAGUCGUUUAUACAUCUUCACUGGACAUUGGCAAUAUGUUUGAUACCGUUACUGUUUAAGACUGAUUGAGUUUUAUAGCAUACCAGAAUUUGUUGAUUUUUUAAAAUAACAAUAAAUCAAGUGAUGUUUAUAAAAUUGUUCUGGGUGUGAGCUUUUUCACUGUGCAAUUAAGCUUUGAGUAUACGAUUCUAUGAAGAUUCUCUUGCCAUGCUAAAGUCAAUAGCACAAAACCCAUUUGUGCACAUCGCCCAAAGUUUUAAUAAAAGGCGCCCAGAAAUUGUAACCCUCCCCUAUAAAACGUGGGCCCAUAAAAUUAUGGCCCACCCCAAAUGGGCGCCCAAAAAAACACAGCCCUCCCCCAAAAUUUACCAGCCCUCCCCCCCAAUAGUUAAUGACCGCUCCCUAAUUAAUGUGUAUUUGUUUUUCAAUCCCCGCAGUUAGACUUCCGUCAGUAUCUUCUGGAUAACGACUCCAUCUUAAACGAGGAUCUAGUUGCCUGGGUGACCGUCGGCGCGAUUCAUGUGCCACAUUCAGAAGAUCUUCCUAACACGGCGACAGCUGCCAACUCGGUCAACUUCUUUAUCAGACCUUUCAAUUACUUUGAUGAAGAUCCUUCUAUUGGAUCCACUAAUGCCUUGCUGAUCACACCUACAAUGCAAGGUGGUCAAAAGGUGGAGCGUUAUGGUACUCCAGAUGGUCCGCAAUGUGUACCCAAGGAAAACAAACUUGAUUAUAAUGGCACCUACUAUGGAUAAACCAGCACCGUAAUUUUUAGGGAGUUAUUAUAACUCCAAAAAUGGAGUAAAAAUUUUAGGUACAGGAUAACAACGUUUUGCGGGUUACUUUAACUCCUAAUUUAACUCCGAAUUUGGGAUCAUUUUUACUCCUGAAAAAGAGUUCUUUUUUCUCCCAGUCUGGAGUUAAGUAACUUCGAAAUGGGGUUAUUUUUACUCCUUACAUGGGUUGUUUUUACUCUUUUUGGAGUUACUUUAACUCUGAAAAAGGAGUAAAACUUUUACGUACAGGAUAACUCCUUUUUGGGGGUUAUUUUAACUCCUCAAUAUCUGUGGUCACUUUUACUCCUGAAAAAUAAUUCUUUAAACUCCUUUAAAGAAACUCCACGGUAAGGAGUUACAUUCGCCCCACUAGAGGAGUUAUUGUAACUCCUUGAAAAUUACUGUGAUAUUAAGUGACAGUGCGCCUUGUUUUUAUUACUUCAAACAACUGUAGUGCGUUUAGUGUUAGAUCACGAGAUCAGCGUGGAGAUGUUUCUUUUAAAACCAAGUUCUUUAAAUGAGCCCGGCGUCAUUUUCUUGCCACUAUGGUUGGUUACAGAGACCUUUCACUUAGUCUCGCAAAUUGCUGAAAUUAUUUCAAGUUUCGCCAGUCUUCGAUUUUGUCAUGGUGAUGCCCAACAUGCUUUGCACGAGGGAGGUUAGUAGCGACUCGACGGUUUCUUGUUCUAAAUGAGAAGCGAAACGAUAUAAGUUAUAUCCUCUUUUGCAUUUUAAUACACAGCCGGAAUAACCCUGGUGAACCCUUUUGUUUGGGCAGAUUAUUUCCGCAGUAAUAAACGUGACCAACAAUUGUCGUUUCAAGGAAAACCCUAUUUACACGAACCAAGUCUUCCUUUUCAAGCGGGUUUUAGGACUUAGUCAAAUGUGCUAGCAAUUAUGUCUACAACUGUGAUUACUGAAUAUCUUUUGAUAAGUUACCUACGAUAGAACAAGAUGAACGCUGGGUCUUCUCAGGCUUUGGUUACAUGAUAGGUCACGUGAUAAAAAUCUAAGAGCAAUGGUGAAGUACUGGAUGCCGAUGAAAAAUCAGGUUUGAAAUGAGUGUAC